AUGGAUCCGCCGAAAAAGUUUGAGGACUUGGUGGAUGAAUGGUACAAUUCAAAAGGAAAGAGUAAAGAGACGGAUGCGGGGGAAUUAUUUAGAGAACUGCAGGGAUAUGUUGACGAGUUUAUGAAAGGAAUUGGUGGGAAGAAUGAUAGUGGAAUUGGAGAAGUAGGAUGCGCAGACAUUACUGUGAAAAAAAAAGGAAUAGAAGGAAGAGCGAAAACAUGGUGCGUUUUCUUAUUACAGAAUUUAUGGAAAAUAGAAGAGUUGACAAAGACAGAGGGGGACACAGAAAUUUGGAAUAAAAAAAUGAAGAAAUAUGUACGGUGCGAAAUCAUGAAAGUAUGGCUUUAUAUAUACCAAGAUAUGUACUGUGAAGCUGCUGAUGUAAUGACACAUGCAUUUAGUAAGAUUAAAUAUUUCUGUGAACAGAUGAGCACAGGGGAAGAGUGUGAUGCAUGUGAAUAUGGAACACUGGAUCCUAUGCGUGUUAAUGAUAAAAGUGUCUUAGAACAUAUUUUGGACAAAAUACAAAAGGGUGAAAGAAUUAUAAGAAUGGUGAAUAAUUUACCAUGGGGAGGGAAAUGUGAAAGAAAGCCAGGUAGUGAAGGAGGGCAGGAUCGUUCCGCCGUGGGUAGGGUUAACGAUAACGCUAGGGUGAAAGAAAUCUUAAGUCAAAUAAAGGAUGAAAUUCGUACCAAAAGUACAGGGUCAUCACCGGAUCAACAAUCAAAGCAAAAGUUAAUGACCAAAGAGCAAUUUCAAUUCCUGUCCCAAUUAUUGCCAAGGUGGAUAAAAGAACACGGUAUGGCCAAUGUGGGCCAAUUUAAGAUAGGAAUCUGGGCAGGUUUGGGGCAAAUGUUUAACAACCUCAUGAAAACACUUGGACCAGGUGAGGAGCCGGAAAUAGCACCAUUAUGCGCAACGGGGAAGAAGGAAAGUGGAGAAGAAAUAAAACCAUGGGAAGACAAGGACAAAGGAUUAUGCAAGGGCAUGCUAAAAGUGAUGUUAUACACAAAUGGAUUAACACAAAAAUUAGCAAUAAGGGAUAAAGUCGCAGGUGAAGAUGAGGUAACUACAUAUCUAAGGUGUCUAGUUGGGAAUAUAAUAUUAAUUGCACUAUAUGGAAAGCACUGCCGUUUUGAUAGGGUACUUCCACAUGUAUCAAAAGUGGUAGAGGACAAAGUGAAGGUUCAAGGAAUGAAAAUGACGGAUAAGGAGUGCUAUAACGUAGAUCUGGAGAAAACUGCUUUAGGGGGAAAAUUAAUAGGUAAAACCAUAGGAGAGUGGGUGAAUGAAUGGGACAAAAGCAAAAUAAGGAACUAUGAAGGAAUAAUGAAGAAUAAUGACUGCAGUACCGAAGAAGGAAAAAAUGGGAGUGAACAGAGAAGUGAGCAGAAGGAGGCGGACAAUAGUGUAGGAGGGAAGGGUAAUGAAAGUAUAAAGGAACUGAAAAAAAUAAUGAAAGAAGGCAAAACUGUAUCGCACGAAGGUGCAGAUGAAAUAUUGAAAAAAAUAGAGAAAGGGGAAAUUAAGGACGGUGAUGACCUAGGGAGUAAGGUCGACGAUAAAAUAGUACAAGAGAAAAUGAAAGCAGCAAGUAGAGCAGAUGAAGACUGUAAGGAGAAGAAAGCCUUGUGUGAUCGUGUGAAAUGUGUAACGACUAAUUGGUUCAAAGACAGAAUAACUCCAGGCAAACAACCGCAGAACUGGUGUACAUUUUGGAAUAAUGAUAUCGAAGGUGAGCUACUGAAUAAUUUGUCUGCAGCUAUGACAAAUGCAGAGACCGGAGAGGGCGGCAUAUGCAAAGAUAUAGGGCAGGACAAAGAUGGUACAGCGCAUAAGGAAGCAAACAGAAAAACUUGUGAAUACAUUGUGAAAGGAUUAAAACGUAUUUACGAAAUCCAAGCAUAUGGGACUUGGGAGGGGAAUGAUGCUGCGAAAAAAAAGAAGAACAACCAAAUAUUUGGUCAAACUAUGUCGUGUGCCUUACUGAAUAUUUAUGUAGAUGAAUUGGUCAAGAGGUCGAAGGACGCAUGCCCUAUCGAUGAGAACAUAAUAAUAGAAGCAUUUCAAAAAGGAAAUGAACAAAUGAAUAUUUUGUGCAAGGGAGGGAAGGAUAAUUGUGUUGAAUGCACAAGGGAUACGAGCUAUGCAAAGUGCACAUUAGACGUGGAGGAAAAACUGUUCAAUAAAAACAAAAGUGAAGAGUGCGAAAUAGGCAAAGACAAUAACGGAGCCAAGAUAGGGGACAAGGUGGAAGGACUACUUAAAAAGGAUAUCAAAGUAAAACGAACUCUGAACAGCAUAUGCAGAGAUUGCACCAAGGGGUGUAAAACCUUAUGUGAUCGUUUGGAGUGCAUAGCACAUAAUUGGUUCGAGGACAGAAUAGAUAACAGCGGGAAUAAGCGGGACUGGUGUACAUUUUGGAAUACGGAUGCCAGAAAUAGACUGAAGGAGCUGUCUAAGGAAAUGGUGGAGAAACACACAACCAUGGGUACACUGUGUGAGGGCGCUGAUGAAAAGAAUACUAUAACAACGGACACAAAAAGGAAGGCUUGUAAUUAUAUUACUGCUGGGUUAAAGUACAUUUAUGAAGUUAAGGAGAAUACGGGAAAGGAGAACAAGAAGAUUGCAAGGAAUUAUAGAUUAACAGAUCAAACCAUGUAUUGCCUAUUCCUGAAUGCUUAUGCAGAUAUGCUUAUACAGAAAACGAAGGGACAAGUCUGUCUUAUUACAGAAAAAGAAAUACAAAAAAUGUUUGCUAAAGGAAAUGGACAGAUGGAUAAGUGGUGUGCGGAAAAACAGAAUGGUAAGGGUGGUGAUUGUGUUAAAUGUGAAAGGGACCCAAACUAUAAAAAUUGCACAUUAAGCGUGGAUAGUAAUCUAUGGACAAAUAAAAAAAAAAACAAUGAAACGUGCGCAAAAGACGGAAAUAAUAUGAAGGGGGAGGUGGAAGAACUGCUCAACCCAACUAAGAACAAAGAUCAAGAAGUGACGCAAGCUGUGAAUGCUAUAAAUACUAUAAAUAAGAACAAUACCUUAUGUGAUCGUGUAAAAUGUAUAUACUAUAGGUGGGGUGAAAACCGAAAAAACCCAGACAUUAAUAAAGGGAAGCCACGCUGGCCCCAAUUUUGGAAUCCGGACGUCGAGACUAGACUGAAGAACUUGUCUGGAGCUAUAAGUAAGAAGAAUGGAACUUACGAAAGUUUAUGUGAAAAUAUUCAAGAUGGGAAAAGUGGCCCAGAUUCUGAAGCAAGCAAAAAGGCUUGUAAAUUUAUUGUUCUGGGAUUAGAACAUAUAUAUCAAAUUCCAAAGGGGACUGACAGCAAGGAUCCACAGAAAGUUCUGGACGACCAAAUGUUCCAUCGAACUUUCUCUUGUAUGUUAUUGAAUAUAUUCGCUGAUGAAAUGGGGGAAAAAUGUUCAGCCAUGCAGCAAGACAUAUUAAAAGGCAUACAACAUGCCUUUGGUAAGAGUGAACAUAUUAAAAAGAACACAUCUCCAUGCAACGAGGAAGGUGAUUUGUGUCCAUUGUGCGAAAGGGAUCAGAGCUAUACAUCUUGCAAAAUACAGGAUACAGACGGAGACCCAAUAGGGAAGAGGAUGAAAGAGAUGCUGAACGGGGAUAGUGGAAUAACACAAACUCUAAGUACUAUAACUACUGCAUGUCAACCCAAGCCAGCUGCUGCAAAACCUGCCCCAGAAAAAUCAGCAGCAUCCGGAGAUCAACAAUCAUCCCAAUCAUCAUCACCAACAGAAAAUCUAGGUAGGUCUGAAUCAUCAGGUGAUGCAGCACCAGCAUCUGCACCAGCAAAACAACCUGAACGGGUUCCUGCCAAACCCGAAUCAGCCGCCACUACAACUUCUAAUGGUACUCCUGAAAGUACUGCUCGAGGUAAGAACUGUGAUCCUGCAAGCGGAGCUAAUAGUUUAGAAGAUGCUGCUUCAUGUCUCGAUGUUUUGGAUGCUGAGUUUCAAAAAAAUAACAGUAGUGUAAGUAAUAAGGAUGAUAAGAAAUAUGACCAAGGUAUCUUCAUUACUCCAGGUGAAUACCAAGCGACGCCCGUGGAACCUCAACCUCGUGGGAGUCAAACUGAUGCUGACUCCCAUGGUCACUUAGUUGUGACCGGUAACUCGCUGAAUAAUACUAACAAAGUUACAUGCAAGCCCGAGUCUAACCAUCAAUCUAACGGACAUUAUUAUGAACUCUCCGAUGCAUUCGGUGGGGGUAGCCCCUCAUCUACGGAAACUGCUCCAGCAGAGAAGAUUCCAGCUAAGGGAGCAAAGGUAGAUGAUGAUAGAACUCAGGUUCAUGGUGGUGCCAGAAGUCAAGACACUGCUGGUACUCAGAGUCCAAGUGUACGAGUAGGUGGAGGAGGCCGUAAUUCUGUUUUAAGAGCACCGAAGACUCUGAAAGUAGUCAGCGUAAAGAAGGAAGGGAUGGUCAACCCUUCCGAUCUCCUUAUCCCAUACCUUCCUACCAUUCCUGUCCUAAUUGGUACUUCUAUCAUAAGUUAUCUCCUUUGGAAGUAUUUUUUCCUUGGUAAAAGAAGAAAACGUUACAGAAGAGCUCAUCAGGUACGUGGUCCUCCAGCUUUGGAAGAACAACUCCUUGAUGAUGUGGACGACCAGGAUGAUGGUCCACAUGAAUAUACCUUAGUAAAGGAACGAAAACAACUAAGAUCUGUUCCAACGGGAAGAACGAAGAGCCCAAAAAAACAGGGCGUUGGUCGCCCUGCUGGUCAUCGUGUUGGUCGACGUACCAUUAUUGAUAUUCAUUUAGAAAUCUUAAACGAAUGUCAAAAAGGGGGCCUGCAUUCGAUGAAGGAAGACUUUUUUGAAAUUUUGGUUCAAGAAUUCAUGGGAAGCGAAUUUAUAAAAGAAGAAAAGGUCCCAAAGGAUAGUGUUCCUAAGGAAGUGGUUCUUAAGGAACAGGUUCCAAGUUCAGUUUUAUGA